CAAAAUCUCAUUUUCUCAAAACCCCAAAUCAUGGAAUGUCAACUUAAUGAGUGAAAGAAGCAUUCAACUUUGAGUUCCAAUUAUUAUUGAGGCUUCAAGGUGGAAGAUGCCACCUAAGAAAAGACGUGGUGGAACUGUUGGUGCUCCUGAUACUGCUGAAUCCAAUAGGGCAGUUUCUCUGCCACUUGGAGCGCUUCGACAAAGGCCAAGGAGCCAAAGGAUAGCUGAUAGGCGCGAAGGAGAGAUACCCCGCGAGAGAGUUCAAGAGAACCCCGCAGUAAGAGAGCCUCAACCGGACUUAGCAGCUGAAUUGAGGGGAAUGAAUCAAACUCUUAAUGCGGUGUUACAGGUUCUAACAAAUCAAAAUAGGGGUGAAGCGAGACUUCCUAAUGCGCCAAAUCCUCAGCCUCAUAGGGUUCAUCAAUUGUUUGGGGAUCAAGAGCCGCCAAUUGAAAAGUAUUUGAAGUUGAAUUCAUCCACUUUCAAUGGAGAUUCAUUGGAUGAAGAUCCACAACAAUAUCUAGAGGAUGCAAAGAAAGCUAUUCGAGCUCUCAAGUGCACCAAAGAAUGGGCUGUUGAGUUAGUAUCCUACAACUUGCGUGGUUCAGCAAGAUAUUGGUACGAGUCUCUUCUUGAGAGCAAAGAAGCAGCUAGACUUCCUCCUCCUUCUUGGGAAGAGUUUACUGAAGAGUUUCUUGCUCGAUUCUAUCCAGCUAACAAGCAAGCAGAAGACGCAAUUGCCUUUGAAAGAUUAAGGCAAGAGAAUAUGACAGUGACUGAGUAUGCUAAGGAGUUUACUAGACUUUCUAAGAGUGCUCCGUACUUGGUGAAUUCAGAAGAGAUGAAAGUUCGUCGUUUCGUUCGUGGAUUGGCAGAACCUAUGUUCACUACUCUUAUGCCUGAAGUCGGACGCAUGUCUUUUAAGGAUGUCCUAAACUCUGCCUAUGGAAUUGAAGCUGGGAUAGCGGAGAGAAAUGCUUUUAAGGAUGUUGGUAAGAAGCCCAAGAUGAAGGGACAAUUUUCUGGUGGAUCUAGCUUAAGAGGAUUUCAGUCUCAUCAUGGUCAAACUAAUCAGGAAGGUUAUUCGGGGUAUCGAGCUCGUCCUCAAGCAUCUUUUGGUGGGGUUGCUUCUUCUGGAUCUGCUCCCAUGAGUGUUUCGAAUCCCAGACCUUUUGUUAAGAGCACCUCUCAAUCUAGUGCACAGGGUUCAAAUCAGACAAGGCCAGCUCAGCCCUAUUGUCUUUAGUGUGGGAGUUACCAUUCUGGUAUAUGUUUCAAGGCUACUGGUGCAUGUUUUGGUUGUGGUCAAUCUGGUCAUCUUAGGAGGGAUUGUCCAAAUCCAAGAGGAGGCUUUGCUCCAGGUAUUGCACGUCCUACAACACCAAUGCCAUCAUCUUCAGCUAUGUCUAUUGGAAAUUCUUCUGGUCCUAGUGGCAGAGGAGUAGGUGGCAGGGGUCAGACUUAUAACAGAGGAGGGAGCCAAAGAGGAAGAGGUCAGGCACGUGUGUAUGCUUUAACACGUCAAGAUGCUCAAGCUUCUAAUGCUGUGGUGGCAGGUACUUUACAAGUUUGUUCUUUAGAUGCGCGAGUGUUAUUUGAUACGGGUUCUCAUUAUUCAUAUGUAUCUC